CAGAACCCAACCCCUUUGUUCAACAGUUCAAAUCCGUCUCUGCAAAAUUAAGAACCAAACAAACAAAGAACACCAACGCCACAUAACAACCCCUCCAAUUUCUUCUAUAAAUCUCCAUUAAACCUUCUCUGUCUUCUUAAUUCAUGAACAUCACCGUCCACCACACCACCGCCGCCCUCCUUCCUCCUCCUAAUCCUUCCUCCGCCGCCCCCAUGGCCGAUCAUUUCUCCAAUCCCCCGCCGCUCUUCGGCGACACCACAUGGACCAAAGUCUUCGUCGGCGGCCUCGCUUGGGAGACCAAAUCCGACGAAAUGCACAGAUUCUUCCAACAGUUCGGCGAGAUUCUCGAAGCCGUCAUAAUCAAAGAUAAAACCACCGGCAAAUCCAAAGGCUACGGAUUCGUCACUUUCCGAGAUCCUCAAUCGGCGAGAAUGGCCUGCGCUAAUCCAAAUCCGAUUAUCUGUGGAAGACGAGCAAACUGUAACAUCGCCGUCUUCGGUCCGCCUCGUCCUCCGCCGUCCGGAGGGAGAAUCCAAACUACAGCGUCGUACGGCGGGUUACGGCCGUCGUUUCCGCCGCCGCCGGUCAUUUUCCCGCCAUACAGAUACCGAUCCUACGCUCCAAAUUACACAGUACCUUAUGGCUAUGGCUAUGGCAUUGGGUACGGCCAUGGCUAUGGCUAUGGUCAUGGCUAUGGCUAUGGCUAUGACUGUUCUUCAUCAUCACCGGCUCCAAGAGCGCCAUUUUCAUCGCCAUCAUCAGCAGCAGCACCCUAUGUUCCGUACUAUAUGAAUCAGGGGUUGUUCUACUCUCCGAUGCACCAGAUUAUUACUCCCAGUACUGGUUGGGAGACUCCGCAGCAUACUCCAACGGACACAGAAGGUGGAGGCAGUGGCUUCAAUAGCCCAAACUCUUCAUAGAAUCCUGUUUAUAUUAUAUUAUAUUAUAAUAAUAUUA